AUGAUCAACAAGUUCUUCCUCCGCGGCCUCGGCUUCUUCAACGACGCGUACGACCUCUCGGUGGUCAAUAUUGUCAACAUUAUCCUCAAGCACCAAUACAAGGACGAGUACACGGCCGAUAUGAAGUCGAAUGUCUCGACCGCCGCGCUCAUCGGCGCCGUCCUCGGCCAGCUCGCGUUCGGCUUCCUCGGCGACAUGUAUGGCCGCAAGAACUGCAUGGUUGCGACCUGCGCCAUCUUGAUCGUCGGUGGCAUCCUCACGGCCGCGGCGUACGGCGGCUCGGACCAUGGCACGCUCUGGUUCCUCGUCAUUGCGCGCGAACGUUCUGAUUUCGCUCGUGGCGCUCCCCGGGUACCGUAUGUCGCGUGCUUCUUCAUCAACAAGAUGGGCCGCAAGCGCAUCAUGCUCCAGGGCUGCACGGUCAUGACGGUCGUCUUCCUCAUCCUCGGCAUUUGGUGGGACGAGAUCAAAAAGUCCAGCGCCGGCUUCAUCGUGCUCUUUGGCUUGACGCUCUUCUUUGCCAACUUUGGCCCCAACAUGUCGACGUUUGUGAUGCCCACGGAGAUGUACCCGACGGCCAUCCGCAGCUCGUGCCACGGCUUCUCGGCGGCCAUGGGCAAGGCCGGCGCGUCCAUCGGCUCGUACGGCUUCUCGCUAUGGGUCGACAACCCGAGCUUUGGCUACGUCGGCACGUGGUUUACGUUCGCAGGCAUCUCCGUGCUCACGAUCGUCCUCACGGUCUUUUGCAUGUUUGACAACAACGACGAGGCGAGCGUCAUGGACAACGACUUCAAGGCCAAGCUCGCGAUGGAAGACGACGACGUGCGCAAGUCGUUUGUGAGUCAGAUGGAAGAGCCGAUCAACGCUGACGACAUCGGCACCAAGGCGUAG